CGUGUAUCUACCUUACUCUAUCCCUAGAAAAUUUUUGAAUUCUAGUCGAUCAUUGCUUUAUUCAAAAAAUAUUCUAUAUUCAAUAUUCAAUAUUCAACAUCUUUUUUAUAUAUGGUUAGCUUUAAUUUUUUUAUGAGUAGUUAACCUAAUUGAAACUUUGGACUAAAAUUCUCGUAAAUAUGAAUUCCCAGAACGAGAUCUACUAGGGAUGUAUAGCGUAUAUAUAAUAUUUAUUUCUCAGAUUUGUAUUUUUUUGUAAUUAAAAUUAUGUUGAGAGUAAUCAAUAGACUUAAAAAAAUUAAUAAAAAUAUAGAAUUAGGACAAUCAAAAAGAAGAAAAAUAAAAUCUGACGUGUUACCUGGUAAUAACCUUAAAAUUAUUUAAAUAUCCCAUCAGUAAGGCAGGUGAUCGCAGAGUAUAUGUCUGGGGUCUUGCAGAACAUGGAGCUUUAGGCACUAUUGAAAAAACUUUGUUCAAACAAGGCAUAGCUUAUCUACCAAUGCCAAGACGUUUAACAUUUGCAGAAAAACAUAAAGUAAUAGAUGUUGCAUGCGGUUAUGGUUUUACAGCUUUUGCAAUAAGUUCCUCAGAUAAAAAUAUCAUUUAUGGUAGCGGAAUAAACACAGAUUCCCAACUUGGUUUACAAGAAGCGAAUAAAAUUUCUUUAAAUGUAGUAACUUCUCCAAGACCAAUACAUCUACCACUUAAAAAUUCUACAGCUGACGUUAUAAGUAUAGCAGCUGGAAGGGCGCAUUUAUUAAUAUUAACAAAUGAAGGAGUUUUUACAUUAGGCAACAAUGGAUAUGGUCAAUGCGGUAGACCAAUUAUAGUAAAUGAAAAUUAUAGUAAUAGUAAUGUAGUUCAUCAUAUAUCUAGUAUAAAAGGAAAUCGUAUAACUAGUGUAACAGCUGGUCAAGAUCAUAGCAUACUUUUAACAGAAUCUGGUGAAGUGUAUACAUUUGGUUGGGGUGCUGAUGGACAAACUGGCUUGGCACAUUAUCAAAAUGAACAUCAACCAAGUUUGGUUAAAGGGGAUUUAGCAGGGCAACAUAUAAUAAAAGUUGCUUGUGUUGCAGAUUGUGUAUUAGCUCUUAGUGAUAAAGGGAAAGUGUUUGGAUGGGGAAAUUCAGAAUAUGGGCAAUUAUUAAUGGACAGUGAUAAUUAUCAAGUAAACAUUGCCACAGAACUGAAUAUACCUAAAGAAGUAGGACAUAUUGUUGACAUUGCUGCAGGAGGUUGUUUUUGUAUGAUACUAAAUUCUUCAGGAGAGGUUUAUGUAUGGGGAUAUGGUAUUCUUGGACUUGGACCACAAGUACAGAGAGUUUUAAAACCCACACUAAUUCCAUCCACAUUAUUUGGUAAUAAUGCGUAUUCACGUAAUACUAAGGUUACAAAUGUAUAUUGUGGAAUAAGUCAUUUAGCAGCAGUAACAAAUACAGGAGAUCUAUAUAUGUGGGGAUGUAAUAAAUUUGGAUCCUUAGGAUUAGGCCAUCAUAAUGAUCAAUUUUUUCCUUUCAAGGUGUCCAUAGGAGCUCAAGUAAAAAAAGUUGCCUGUGGAAUCGACCAUACAGUAACACUUUGCAAACCCUUUAUUUAAAGGUACAUUACACUUUUUUUUAUUAAGUAAUUGAUUUAUUUCUGGUAUAAAAUCUUCAUAAAAUUUCUUUAAUAUCUGUACAUAUGUAAUACAAACUUCUAAUAUAAUUUGUUGAAUAUGAAAUGAAUAUAAAAAAAUGAACAAUUACUCGUCUUAUGCUUAAUGAAAUAAUAAGAAAUAAUCUCUUAUUAUUUGAAGGAAAAUAGGUUCUAAUUUAGUUAAAAUAUUUUA